AUGGCUAUCAUCCCAGGAUUCGUCUACGACCAGUACAGGAGGCUGCCCGUAGUGCCCAAAGACUGCACCGGCCAGACCAUCAUCGUCACAGGAAGCAACACAGGCAUCGGCUUCGACGCAGCGAAGCACUUCGUCGAGCUAAACGCCGCGCGCGUCAUCAUCGCCGUGCGCUCCCUCGCCAAGGGCACCGCCGCCAAGGACGCCAUCGACGCCGCCUUCCCCUCCCGCGCCGGCGUCGCCCAAGUCUGGGAGCUCGACCUCGCCUCCAACGCCUCCGUCCGCGCCUUCGCCAAGCGCGCGACCGACGAGCUCGACCGCAUUGACGUCGUGCUCGAGAACGCGGGCGUCGCCAUGGCCGAGUGGAUUGAAGCCGAGGGCACCGAGACGACGGUGCAGGUCAAUGUGAUCGGGACGUUUCUUCUUGCAAUGCUGCUGCUGCCGAAGCUGAAGAGCGUCGCCAAGGAGUUUGGCAUCACGCCUCAUCUGACCGUCGUGUCCAGUAGCACGCAUUUCGACGCCAAGUUCGUCGAGGGUCAGCAGGAUGACGUCUUCGCGGCGCUGGCGGAGAACAAUCCGGAGUACAUGAAGGAACGGUACCCCGUCAGCAAGCUCAUCGAGAUUUACGCCGGCCGCGAACUCGCCAGCCUCCUGCCGGUCGAGAAGACCGGCGUCGUCAUCAACCUUCUCUGUCCUGGCCUUUGCUGGAGUGAGCUCACACGCAACUGCACUUGGGGAGUGUGGCUGCAAAUCUUUACCUUGCGCCUGUUGCUGGCGCGGUCUCAGGAGGUCGGCAGCCGCACGCUGCUGCAUGCUGCAGUCGCUGGACCGGAUAGCCAUGGCCAGGUUUGUUCGGAUUGCGAGAUCAGGGAGGAUAAAACCGCCGAAUUUGUCAAGUCGGAAGAGGGCCAGCGCACGCAGAAAAAGGUCUGGAAUCAACUUGUUGCAAAGCUGGACGCUAUUGAGCCUGGAUGCGUGAGCAAGGCAUUGGCCUGA